CAUAUUUCGCUCUGACGUCACUACUCACUCUACUGUCAAGUUUCAAGUAAAGAGGCUGAAAAUAUACGUCAAAUAGUUAAAUGCAGCAAUAAUACUUGAUCAGAUGGAUUUAAUCGUAAAUUAAAUAAUGCGCGAAACUGUUAAAUCCCGCCAAUAUUGUUGAGUAGUGCUACAGGUUGUGGUGGUGUGGUGGUGUGUGUGUACAGUGCAACCUGUAUGAAUUUCGAGGAUUAUAGAGGAGCCGUGAUAUCGAUUAUUUUACCGUGUUGAUCACAAGGCAGUCAAACAUAAAGAAGAGUGAAAAAGGGAAGAUAAAACACAGGGAGAAGAUAAACGGACAAAAUGGCGAAAGACAUGUUGGCCGCGCUGCGCGCAGCGCAGAGCGAUGAAGAUGAUUUGGCCGGCGACGAUGUUUCUGUCAACGUCGAAGGAAGCAAACUCGACGAAUUCUUCCAAGAGGUUGAAGAAAUACGAGAUAGCAUUGAUAAAAUACAGAGCAGUGUGGAGGAUGUUAAGCGGAAGCACAGUUCAAUUCUAUCAGCUCCUCAAACUGACGAAAAAAUGAAACAAGAGCUUGAGGAUGCCAUGUCAGAUAUUAAAAAAACCGCAAACAAAGUUCGCGCCAAACUCAAGGAGAUUGAAACAAGUAUAGAACAAGAAGAACAGAAACAAAAAAAACAUUAAAAAAUAGUAAAAUUCUUAGACAAUGAUCUAAAACUAUUAAAAAUUCAAUUUAUUAAGGUGAUGACAGAAUAUAACCGGACCCAGACAGAUUACAGAGAAAGAUGUAAAUCAAGGAUACAACGCCAACUGGAAAUAACUGGACGAACAACAACUAAUGAGGAACUAGAGGAUAUGUUGGAACAGGGGAACCCUGCUGUUUUUACACAGGGUAUUAUUAUGGACACUGCUGCUGCCCGUCAAACCCUAGCAGAUAUAGAGGCUCGGCAUGCGGAUAUUAUUAAACUUGAAACUAGUAUCAAGGAGCUACAUGAUAUGUUUAUGGAUAUGGCAAUGCUAGUAGAGAGUCAGGGGGAGAUGAUAGAUCGGAUAGAAUAUCAUGUUGAACAUGCGGUAGACUAUGUCCAGACAGCAACACAGGACACUAAGAAGGCCCUGAAAUAUCAGUCCAAGGCCAGACGGAAAAAGCUGAUGAUGCUUGGCUGUUUAACCAUUGUUGGUGUAAUAGUUAUAUCUACACUGGGAAGCUAUCUAAAUAUGUGGUAAACUGUGGCUACGUUUAGACUUCUCAUAAUUUCAAGCUUAGUACUUUCCCUGCUAACCAAGUUACGUAACUUACGUACAGAGAACGUAGUUUGACGUAUUUGGUAAAAAAGUGAAUUACAAAAAUUUCCAGCCAAUAAGUCAAAAAUAUUGAUAGUGUUUGGAAAACUAACAAAAGUGGUAUCUGGGACUGAAAGAAAAGAAUCUUGUGAAGUCAUUGAACUGUGUUGAGUUUGUUCAACCAUGUAUCUAUAAUGGCUAGUUCAAAUAUUUAAAUUUGAACUAUUGUAGUGACUAAGACCAACUAGACACAAUUUUUGCUGAGUUAUAUUUCAACCAAUGAGAUUGAUGAAAAGAUAUUUGCAGCGCUCUGAUUGGUUGGAAUUGUUGAAGUAUAAGGGUUGUUCAAAAUUUUGAACUUAGAAUCAUGUCCCAGAUAAGUCCUUCUUUAACAAUAAAUUGAUCAAAACUAUUUGUUCAAUUUCUUUGCUUGUUUAUUCCGCAUGAGAAUUUUGUAUGAUAGGGAAUCUUUCAUUACUAUUAUGAACGCUUUUUCUUUACAUAACACAAAUAUAACAUACAACAUUUAAAAGCAGUUUUGAUUGAUUUAUUGUUUAACAAUGGUCUUCCACACCUUUUCAUUUUUAUGCGUGGUCCAAAGAUGUGUUAAUAUACCUAUAACAAAUUCUGUGUUAUAUGUCUGAUCCUAUUAAGUUUUUACAACAUAAGAUUUAUCUAAAAGCAGGUUAGAACUUAAAGUUAAGUUAUAUUUCAGUGGUAGAGACAAACUAUGCGUGUUUUAAAGUGUCAGUGAAUAGGGCUGGGUAAUGUUUCAGCCUUGAGCUGGGUAGUUUUUGGAAAUGGCAUCAACAAACAGAGAACAAAUACUGUUAUUGUUUGAAUUAAAUUGAAAAAAACUAGAACAAGCCAAGCCCUACAUGUAAACUAGUGCUUUAUCAGACCAAAAAUAGUCUUCUUUAUUAUGUCCUAAUAGUAAUACAGAAAGUUAAAAAUUUACAGUAAGAACCUAAUAAUUUAAGAAAGGACUGACAACUUUCAGACUCAAGUUAUGACUUUAAAAAGUUCAAUGAACGUAAGACACAGCGUUGUUCAGUGAAAUUAGACUCAUUUCAUUGAGAAAAUUAGAUGCUAUUAAAGCUAUAUACUUUGUAACAAGUUCAAAUACACUUAAUUAUCACUUUAAUGUUGUCUUCCUCUUCCACUGUUUAAUGGUUAUCACUAUAGUCUACAAAAAAAUUCUUUUAACAUAAAUUUGAAAUAUAAAACUUGACUUGUAAAAAUCUAGUGUGAAUAUAAUUGUGCAUCAUUUUUCCUUUAAAAUACCAAAUAUUUGAGAUUGACAAAUGACAUCAACGUGUUUAAAUCUUCUGAUACUCAUAAAGUUUUUAACAAACUAGUUUGUUGGGAUCCAAUCCAAUUUUGUAUGCUUAUUAAAGAAAGUUUGAAUCCCAAUAGAUUAG